UUUGGGCCGACUUUACUUAAAGUCUUCCCGGGACUAGGAGGGGACAUCUGGGCCUGGGACUAUCUCUCCGGAGCCUGGGACUGAAGGCGCAUUAGCUUUCUGGGACUAGAAUCCCCUUCGACACUACAGAUAAUCUCUGUGAGACCCCGUCUGAAGCUGUGUGUUCAGCUGAUACCCCGGAACCUAAGUCCCUAACUAGAGCUAGAGGGUGUAUCUAGUUUAGGUCUUUCGCCUAGAAAUGGAGGUAUUUCUGGAUUGGGUACCCGGCACUGGGAUGGAGUCUCAUUUAGAAAUGGGGACACAAUUGCUCCGUGAAAUUGGGGUCCUCGUCUGAAAAUAACGGUAUUAUUUAAUGGACUGGAUUAGUCAAAUGAAGCUCGAGGAAUUCCUAGGAUGGAGCUCCCGUUUAAGGUAAAAAGUGUCCGCCAAGGGCGUACUACGUCCCAGCUUACAUUCCUGCCCAGGGCAGAGAUUCAAACAGGAAAUUCGCCGAAUUGGAGUUUCCCCUUCAACAAUAAGUAAAGUACAAGAAGGAUUUCAGAAAUAGAGUCCCUUCUAUGACAAGAAGCGGGUUGCGGGUGUAAUUACUACCCUAUGCAGGGCUUCAGGAUGCACUGGACGAGGAUUUGUAGAACUUGCUCCCAACUGGAGUCGUUCUGCCUUCUAACCUACUGGCCGCCCAGGAAACUGUCAGCAGCUAAUUAAUCCAUUCGUCUCUGACUGGUUUUCCUUAAGAGAAGGUGGUUCACAGCCAGUUGGAUAACAGAACCCUGAGGCGAUAUAGGGACCCAGUUUAAAGUGGAAGAAAAUAAUCGACACGAUGUGGAGCCUAGGGAGUCUGUCCAGGGAGGACCCUCCGAUGUGUUUUCAGAAAAAGGGCAUGGACCGGGUGUUUGGCUGGUUGCUAAGGAGAGGUUGGCGGCUACCCGAACGUGAGAGUGAUUGGUGAAAGUAGAAAAGAUGUAGCCAAUGCAAGGAAUGCUGCAAGACUUAGGGCCCAAUCCGUGAAGGGGAGUAUCCUGGAACGUACCAAUUUGUUAAUUAGGCAGGGGGAGUCAUUGAAAAUAUAUAGACAAGAGAUCCACAAGGUGAACCUCAAAAGGGGGUGACAUUGGAAAUAUAUCUCUAUUACCAUCUAAAAGUCAGACCACGGAGAAAUUAAUCCAGGCUUCUACCCUUGAUGGGGAUGUGAUAGGGAAUCUCCCCUGUAGGUGUUUUGUAUGGUGUGCUCCGCUGGAUCACGUGAGCCGGUUCCAAGAUGGCGGCUGGGGUGGCCGGGUGGGGGGUUGAGGCGGAGGAGUUCGAGGAUGCACCUGAUGUGGAGCCGCUGGAGCCCACGCUUAGCAACAUCAUCGAGCAGCGCAGCCUUAAAUGGAUUUUUGUCGGGGGCAAGGGUGGCGUUGGCAAGACCACCUGCAGCUGCAGCCUAGCAGUCCAGCUAUCUAAGGGGCGGGAGAGUGUUCUUAUCAUCUCCACAGACCCAGCCCACAACAUCUCAGAUGCUUUUGACCAGAAGUUCUCCAAGGUGCCUACCAAGGUCAAAGGCUAUGACAACCUCUUCGCCAUGGAGAUUGAUCCCAGCCUCGGUGUGGCUGAACUACCUGAUGAGUUCUUCGAGGAGGACAACAUGCUGAGCAUGGGCAAGAAGAUGAUGCAGGAAGCCAUGAGCGCCUUCCCGGGCAUUGAUGAAGCCAUGAGCUAUGCGGAGGUCAUGAGGCUGGUGAAGGGCAUGAACUUCUCAGUGGUGGUGUUUGACACGGCUCCCACAGGCCACACGUUGCGGCUGCUCAACUUCCCCACAAUCGUUGAGCGGGGCCUCGGCCGCCUCAUGCAGAUCAAGAACCAGAUCAGCCCCUUCAUCUCACAGAUGUGCAACAUGCUAGGCUUAGGGGACAUGAAUGCAGAUCAAUUGGCCUCCAAGCUGGAGGAGACGUUGCCAGUCAUCCGGUCCGUCAGCGAGCAAUUCAAGGACCCGGAGCAAACAACCUUCAUUUGUGUUUGCAUCGCUGAAUUCCUGUCCCUAUAUGAGACAGAGCGACUGAUCCAGGAGCUGGCCAAGUGCAAGAUCGACACACACAACAUCAUUGUCAACCAACUCGUCUUCCCUGACCCCGAGAAGCCCUGCAAGAUGUGUGAGGCCCGCCACAAGAUCCAGGCCAAGUACCUGGACCAGAUGGAGGACCUGUAUGAAGACUUCCACAUUGUAAAGCUGCCGCUGCUGCCCCACGAAGUACGGGGGGCAGACAAGGUCAAUACCUUCUCUGCCCUCCUCCUGGAGCCCUACAAGCCCCCCAGUUCCCAGUAGUACACCUCCAGCCCCAGCCCCUACCAUUUCACACCUACCCUCCACCCCAUCCCGGGGCAGAGUUUGCACAAAUUCCCCCCUUAGUACAGGGGGAGCCACUUGAGGGGUGGGAGGCAGGGAGGGUGUCUGUUCCCCCUGGUGGGGCUCAUGGGGGCUGUAGCUGCCUCCCCACCUCUCCUCGCCUCUCGCCUUUCAAUAAAAUGAUCUUAAAC